GGAAAAACACUGAAAGCCACUGUUUGUUGUGAAGAAACAAAUGUCUUCCUCUACUUGGUUCAUCAUUCUCCAGUUCUCUUUGCUGUUAGUUUUUAUCAUAACUCCAACAAGAUCAGAGGCUCAAUUUGAUCAAGAGUGGUGCAUAGCUGAUGAGCAAGUUCCAGAUGAUGAGUUGCAAAGAGCUCUUGAUUGGGCUUGUGGAAAAGGAGGAGCUGAUUGUAGGAAUAUUCAAAUGAAGCAACCUUGUUUCUACCCAAACACUGUUAGAGAUCAUGCUUCAUAUGCCUUCAACAGUUACUACCAAAAGUUCAAGCACAAGGGAGCCACUUGCUACUUCAAUUCAGCUGCCAUGGUCACUGCUCUUGAUCCUAGUCAUGGUUCAUGCAAGUUUGAGUUUGUUCCUUGAAGAAGAAGAUGUGUAAUUGAUUAUCAAAGAUGCUUCCUGAUUAUAAUUUGAGCUCCCCAAACUUUUUGCAAUUCCAUUAUUGAUCUUGUACUUGGUUAUGAAAGCAUUUUUCCAUUUUCAAUUUUUAAGGUAGGCUCCAAAAUCUUUUAGAAUCUAAGGUUAUUCAUCAAUGAACUAUUGAAGUUGGUUUUUCUAUUUUAUGAUAAAAUCAAUCAAAGUUGAGUUUGAGAG